UGAGAGCUCAGUUGUAACUAGCCUAUUCGUCCAGACAACAUUGAGAGAAUAUAUUUGAAGCCAAAGGCGCAUAGCUUCUCUGUGAUUUAUAUUUAUUGUACAAGUGAGUGUUGAGUGAGAAUAUAGAAAAUAAGCAAAAUGAGUUCGUAUGACGAUAUGUGCGUGUUAGCGGACUCGUCGCUGAUUGCUCGUGUCUGUACCGUAACUCUCACUACCUCAACUAAGAGAAAGAAGCCCUUAUGGAGAACUAUCGAUUGGACCCGGUGGUGCCUCCUCCUGCUAGUGUUGAGUCCCGUAUCAGCCGUGCCAGUCAGAAGCAGAAGAACAGCUUAUAUCCUCGAAACAGCAGCAGCAGCAGCGGCGGCAGCAGCGGCGUCGGAAACCGUUCAGAAUACCUUAGAGUGGGAGAUCAGUCAGCUGGAGGAGUCGCUGGAGAGACCGCGUGUGAGCAGAAGCAUGGACGACCAACCCGACGACGUGGCUAACAGCAGGAGUCGUCGUGAGACGGCGCAUUGGUCGCAGCCUUGUACCAAUCUUAUGCACGACGCGACCAAUACUCCUAACUCUUUGGCUAAACACAUCCUCCAGGCCGUCUCAAGAGCUCUCAGCUACAUGAAUAACUUCAAAACGACUUAUGCGCAGCAGCUGGGCAUGGAUUGGGCCAGCGUGCUGGACAACUACACUUCCAAUCAGUCUAUUCCAUUCCUCAAGGCAGUGUCUCAACCACUGGUGAACGACUUCAACUCGCAUUUGCAGAACGCUUACGAAGUGAUGCAGCGCCUGGCGGUGGGCAUCGAACAGGUGACUCUGGACCAGGCGCUUUACCAGAGCACCUUCUUGCUGGAGUUCCGCACCAUAGAGACUCAUAUUGUGAAAAUCUUGUGUGAGUUACACUACGCCAUGGUGCACCAGGAGCUGACGCCCUCCGUGGCCGUCACGAAGGAGAUUAUGGGCAUAGAAUACCGCGAUCUGGAAGGCGAGUCUGCCAGAACGAUGCGAGACACCAUCAUCGUCCGCGACUACGACCAAGCCCUUACGAGUUUGAGAGACAUGUUCGUAGAGUUUGAGUAGCUAUGAGCCCCCCUCUUCCUCAGAUCAAGUCUACUAUUAUUACUCCCUCUUUCUCAAGCUCCGCGAGCAUUGUAUUGUAUUGAUUAACGACCUCAAGGAAAUGCUUAAAUAUUCAGGCACCUCAACCAAUGGCAGCGUGUGGACACGACGCCAUCCCCAGUGAUAGUUUUCACCUCUUGUUUUUGUUUUUUUUAAACUGAUUGUGAGUUCUUCAAUCCUUAAAUA